AUGAAUGAACCAACUAAAAUAGUGAAAACAAAAUUAUUUAUUGGUAAUCUAGAUCCAACAACACAGCCAGAUGAAUUGAAUGAUUUAUUUUCAACUUUCGGUAGUAUUCUUGAGGCAUCGGUGAUUAAAGAUUAUGGAUUUGUGCAUUAUGGUUCAAUAGAAGAAGCGGAAAAAGCAGUACUUGCAUUAAAUAAUAAAGAAUUUCAUGGGAAACGAUUACGUGUUGAACUUUCAACGAGCACAGUGCGGCAUCGACCUGGUCAACCGGAGCCUGCUAGUGCUUUAAGACAUUCUCGUGCACGUGUUCCAACUAGAAGUAAUAACAAUGGUGUACAUCGAUAUAGUUCAAAUGCAUCAGUUGAUGGUGUUGGCCCAAUACGUCAUAAUAAUAACUCAGCUUGGACUCGUCAGCAUAUUCGUCCUUAUGCUAGUGUUCCAAUUGAUCGUGGCAUUUAUGAUCGCCCUCGUUCAUAUAAUGUACGACUGGAUCCUCGCCGCUAUUACGAAGAUGAACAUGAUAAUAGUUAUGAUCGUGGAUAUGAUGCAUCAAGGUAUGAUAGUAGCAUACCUAUUGGGCCGUCAGAUGCACAAUCUUAUCGUGAUUUACCUCCGCAUGUUCGAGUAGAUGAUUAUGGCCCAAGCCGAUCCUACGAUCGUCAUCUAAGCGCACCAGCAAUUGAUCCAUAUUAUGGUGGUGGAGUAUCUCAAGUGCCUUCACCUGCAGUAGAUCCAUAUCAUAACUAUGAUCUUUAUGAAAAAUUUUAUGCUAGUCGACCACGUGAUCCGGAAUUUCCCGUUCAACGUGCCUAUAAUCUUUAUUCUAAUUAUUGUAAUGAUCCAUAUACAACCGCUAGUAGUCAUGGAUCACUUCGACAGGAUUUACCAGUCGGUUUACAACAACCACAAGGACUGUACCCACCAUCUCAUCGGCAACAUCAAUCAUACACAAGUGCAUCAUAUAAUUCUGCUCAAUAUUAUGGUUCACAACAACAUUAA